AGUGCUCCCGAGCCGGAGAGUGAUGAACCCCCUCGGUCCCGCCGUGAGACUGAGGAACAGGAGGCCUGUCACCACCAUUCCUGCCGUCCUGCAUUCCUGGUGUCCAGCCUCCCACAGGGCCUCCCGGCCAGCGACGAAACCCACCCGUCGUCUGGACUCCCCAGUGCUCCUCCUCAACGGCUCUCAACCAGCCGGAGAGUGGAAGGUCCUGGGCAUUGCGCUGGCCCGUGGGAUCCACUGCACCUGCACAGUGGGAAAAGGGUUCUGUGCUGGGGCAUCAUUUAGUGUUUUCCAGUUUCCAAGGGAGGGUUUAUGGGCCUGAGCAUUAAGCUCCCAAAGCCAGUCGCUGUUUCAUUGUAUUAACCGUGUUUGCAUUUUCCCCUAUUCCCCCAGGUUUCUGUGCCUUUACCCUGACUACACUGACCUUUGUUUGUGCCAAACCACCUUGUCUCCUCUUUAUUUUAUUUACACCUCACAAGGAGGGAGGCUAAAUCCACUGGUGAUAGAGACAGGAGGGAGUCGAGUUUGUAUCUUCUGAGAAAAGGGGCUUUCCUUUCCUAUUUCUCCCCUACCAUUUCUAACGUUUUCCUUUGAAGCGUUGCUUUAUUCCCCUUGAGGUAACAGGUCACUCUACGAGGGCAGCAGCCCAGGCUCCGCGGUCACUGGCCAGGUCCGGCUGUAUCUCUGCUGCUGGUCCCCAGGGCCAGGAGGAAGGGACCGAGCCUGCUGCUCUGUUUCUCACUCAGAGGAGUCAGCAUUAACAGGGUCCAGUAUUUUGUUUCCUCGGGAAGAGCCCUCAGCUUUUGGGGAGAGACACCAGCGCUGUGUUGCUGGGGCCUGGAAAGAGGGUGCUGAGAUUCAUAGGUUCAGUCAUCAAUUCCAUGGCCAGAAGGGACCAUUGUGACCAUCCAGUUCAGGGAACUGCUGCUACAUUGGUAAAUAAGUAUUGGCUGCUCUUAAUGAAACUGAAUCAGACAACAGCCUGACAACAGAGACUAAACCCAGGUUAUAACAGAGCAAGACUUGACCAUUAACGUUCCAGGUACAAACGAUGCGUGAGUGCAGGGGUGUCACUCCUGAGUGACACCAACAUAACAGAUAGUAGAUUCAGGCCAGUAACUAGAGGCCAGGUGGGCCUCCCUGCCAAAAGUUUCCUCUUAUUUGUUUAAUUAAGAAACUCUCCUUCUAUUGGCUGCAGUUAUAGGUAGUUAAUGAGAAACCCUGGAGAUUGGGAAAGGUCACUGGCUAGGCCGUAUAAGGCUCCUGCUCUUCUAGUUCCAUUUCUGCAGCCGCACAGGUCAGAGCAAACACCCAGCAUUACAUAAACUGAACAACCCAGUGCGGCCAGGCCAAGGCAUCCCUCUGGCAGGAACGGAACCAGCACAAUGUCCAAACUAGUGGAGUGUGUCCCCAACUUUUCCGAGGGCAAUAACAAAGAGGUAAUCGAUGGCAUUGGCGAGGCCAUCUCUCAGACACCGGGGUGCGUCCUGCUGGAUGUGGAUGCCGGCCCGUCCACCAAUCGGACAGUCUACACCUUUGUGGGGAGUCCAGAUGCCGUUGUCGAGGGGGCUCUGCGUGCAGCCAGAGUGGCUUUUCAGCUCAUUGACAUGAGCAAGCACAGAGGAGAACAUCCCCGAAUGGGUGCCCUGGAUGUCUGUCCUUUCAUCCCAGUGAGGAAUGUCACCAUGGAAGAAUGCAUUCGCUGUGCCAAUCUGUUUGGGCAGCAAUUGUCAGUGGAGCUGGGUGUGCCUGUGUACCUGUACGGAGAAGCAGCGCGGAAGGAGAGCAGGAAAUCUCUGCCAGCAAUUCGAGCCGGGGAAUAUGAAGCCCUCCUUGAAAAGCUCACAAAGGCCGAGUGGGUUCCUGAUUUUGGCUCUGCAUCCUUUAUUCCAAGAUGGGGAGCCACAGUCACUGGUGCACGCACAUUCCUCAUUGCGUACAACAUCAACCUCCUGUGCACAAAGGAGCUGGCGCAUCGGAUUGCUCUCAACAUCCGGGAGCAGGGCCGCGCGAAGGACCAGCCUGGGCGUUUGAAGAAGGUCCAAGGCAUGGGCUGGUACUUGGAUGAGGAGAAUAUUGCCCAGGUUUCUACAAACCUGCUGGACUUUGAAAUCACCUCCCUCCACACGGUCUAUGAGGAGGUCUGCAAAGAUGCACGAGAGCUGAGCCUGCCCGUGGUGGGCUCCCAGCUGGUGGGGCUUGUCCCUAAGAAGGCCAUGCUUGAUGCAGCGGAGUAUUACAUUCAAAAAGAAAACCUCUUCAUCCUGGAGGAGGAACAGAAAAUCAGACUGGUAGUCAGCCGGCUGGGCCUGGAUUCCUUGUCUCCAUUUAACCCCCAGGAGCGCAUUAUUGAGUACCUGGUGCAGAGUGAUCAGGCAGAUGGAGGUUUGGUGUCCAAGUCACUCCACACGUUCGUGCGUGCCGUUGGCGCGAGGUCAGCAGCUCCCGGGGGAGGAUCGGUGUCUGCAGCAAUGUCUGCUCUGGGGGCAGCUCUGGGCUGCAUGGUGGGGCUGAUGUCCUACGGGAAGCGUCAGUUUGAGGCGCUGGAAUUGGUCAUGAGGAAGCUGAUCCCUCCGUUCCAUCAGGCCAUGAAUGAGCUGAUCGUCAUGGUGGACACGGACUCUCUUGCUUUCAGCAGUUACAUGGACGCAAUGAAGCUGCCUAAGAACACGCCAGAAGAGAGAGAAAAGCGCACAGCUGCUAUGCAGCAGGGGCUGAAGAAGGCUGUAGGUGUCCCCUUCUCGCUGGCGGAGAAAGUGAACGCCUUGUGGCCCAUGUUAAAAGAGAUGGCUCAGUACGGGAACCCCGCCUGCAAAUCAGAUCUCCAGGUGGCGGCUAAAGCGCUGGAAGCAGGAGUGUUUGGUGCCUAUUUCAAUGUGGUGACUAACCUGAAAGAUGUAACGGAUGAAGCCUUCAGGAAGGAGAUGCACGGCAGAGUCUCCAGCUUCUUGGCGGAGGCCCAGCAGAGCGCGGCGUUGGUGCUGGAGCUGCUGGAGAGCCGGGGGCAGUGAGAGAGGGGGGGGCGCUCGUUGGCAGCAUUAGCACUGAGGCCUGGCUUGGCUGGACCCUACUGCACAGAAUACAAACCUGAAAUGUUCUCA